ACAUUCUUCCUUAUCCUGUAAGCGCAAGCGAGAGAAGUAGAGAACGUGCGCCAAGAGGAGGGCAAAGGGGAGCAUGAGAGAGGGAGUGAGAGCCGGAUGGAGUAGGAUAGAAAUGCAGGGCGCGAGACCGCGCGACGCUUUCAGUCACCGCCCGAUCCUCGGCGCGCACGGUUUUGGAGCGGGUGGUUCUCCAUCGUGGAAAUAGAAUCGGCGACUUAAAUGGAAAUCUUUCGAGCGACGAGAAUCGUGUGAUCAGCGUAUGUAGUGCACGCAUCGGACGCAAAAUAUAAUAGAAUAGAGUGGCACGAUUGUGCUGGAAAAAUCGACAAUCGAAAGUAUGCGGGUAUACUGCGAUUCCGAGACUUCGAUGUGAAAUUAACUUCUAAAAAGUGCAGUGAGAAUCGAAGGAAAAGAUGUGAUUAAAUUUCAUUAUUAUAUACAGAUAAAAACGUGAUGGUAAACGCAAAAGAAAUUGGGACCAAUCGGAAUGUAAAUGCGAGGACUCAUUAAUUUCGGCGUAAGAAUUUUAUGAAAACUUAUUAUUUCCCUGUUUUAAUUUCUGUCGAUUUUUUCGAUCGAAAUGAUAUUCAUUCGUUGAAAAUCUACAUCGAUCAUGUAACAGCGAAGCGGCGUCUCAUCGGCGAGAAACUGUAUCAGAAGUUACGCGGGUGUGUUUCAGAAUUAAGUGAUGUGAGAGGAACGACUUUUUCCAGUCGGUGAUUUUUAAUUAUUUAGGAACUUUUAGUGCAUCCGUAGAUGUAUGUGUAAUGUGAACAUACGGACAAAUAACUCCAACGUUGCCCGCGGAUUUGUCAUGGCGAAAUGAAGGACUUCGAGCGUCUCUGCUAGACUGAGAGUAGUUAGAUUGACUCACGGCCUCAUCUUGCAGCUUCAUUCGACAUCAUUAUGACAAAGCAACCGUGUCAAUUUUUGUGCCAAGAAGCGCGAUGAUUGCCAGAAAUUCUUGGAAACAACGGCGGCCAUUUGAGGGAAGGUGAACGAGAUGGAGCAAGUUCCUGGGGGUUGAGAUCGCGUGGAUCUUUGAGAUGACCGUUUGGAGAAUGCAGCCGACCACUUCGAUGCUCGGCGUCAUCGCCAUUGUCUCCGUCAUGAUUACUGUCACUACGUCAGAAGCGGAGAACGGCACCAUCGAGCGUGGCAUUAAUCAUCUCGAUGAGGAAGAUCAACGCUCCGACGAGAGAAUCGCAAAGAAUCACACUGUCGAGAUCACUGGCUGGUCUCGCAGCAACGACACGACAGCUCUCGAGGAAGUUAUUUCACCUUUCACGGUUGAGUAUCCAACUUCAACAAAGGAUUCGCUCUCGCUCGUUACCACGGUGGAUUCUCAUUUCGAGAAUGCAUCGAAAAAACACGUAGACGAUCAGAUGAUAUUCGCCUCAAAGAGGAUCGAAGACUCGGAACAGGCGGAAGAGGCUCCGGCGAAGAGGCUGGACCACGGUGACGUUCGAGGGACAAACGAUUCCACGAUAGAAAAGUCGAAAGACGACUCGCCGACGGUGAUAUCAGUGGAAAAGGAUGAAGAUGUUACGGAAGCGAGGUACGGCGAGCAGAGAAACGUGCAAGAUAUCAGGGCGAUCUCGUUCCAAGUACCACCGCCAGACGAGAAGGAGGAAGACUAUCAAGACAGCCGACAACAGGGGAAGACUAGCGUCAGCUAUAUGAAUGAAACGAGGAAACUCGGUGAGACCAGGAAAAAUCAGUCUAGACCGGCGAAUAACUUGCUGGUUCCCGGCAAGUCGACGAAGGCCUUCUACGAGAUUAAACCGUCGAUCAGGACUCUCGAAACGGAACGCGGUCGUGAUCAUCAGUUUCAGAUAACUACUCACAGGACGUUACCGGGCAGGAAGUUCGUCUUGCCCAGCGUCGAUAGCGCCUUCGGAAAAUUCGGCCCAUAUUUCGAGGACGGUGACCGGGAGAUAAACGUAACCGCGAGAAUCGGCAGUACCGUUUUGUUGGACUGCAAGAUCGGCAUGCUAAGCGAUAAGAAGGUAACGUGGUUGCAGCAUAAUAAGGACUUCUUUCGUCUGUUGACAGUAGGCAGAGUACCAUACAGUAACGACCAAAGAAUCAGUCUUAAUUUUCGAUAUCCCAGCAAUUGGAGAUUGCAGAUACUGUACGCGAAUCCACGUGACUCGGGAUUGUAUCAAUGCCAAGUUGCCACGCAUCCGCCGCUGGUUAAGAAAAUCAACGUUGUCGUUACGGCGCCAAUUCUGACGAUCAGUGACGAUUCUGGACGUAUAGUUUCUAAAGAAAGACACCUAAAAGCAGGCAGUGUCCUCAGGCUCAGAUGUGAGGCAAGGGACGUACUCGAGUCGUUUAACGAGUCCGUCAUUUGGACCAGAGGAGACGAGACCCUUACAGAGGAUAUUAGUGAGAACAGAACGACAGAGAUCUCAGCGGGCAAGGAGGUCCUUGUGAUCGUCAGUACUCUCAUCGUGGAGAGAGCGAGCCCCAGGCAUGCGGGGAACUAUAGCUGCAUGGUACCCGGCAAAGCCAAGACCACCGUCGCGGUCCACGUUCUCAACGGUGAACUGCCUGCUGCUGUGCACGACGGGAAUGGAGUUUCGAGAGCAUUCCUUAAUCUUUGGUUGGUUCAUCUGACGAUGAGCUAUGUCUUCACCAGAUGACAGUAUUAAGAUUAUUCCUAUAACUUCUGGAUUCGCAAUUCGGAUGCAUUCGCAGGGCAUGAGACGUUGCGGAACGGGCGUGGACAGGCCAGAUGCGCAGAUGCAGCAAUGUAGCUCGGUGCAAUGAUUGUAUAUUCUUUAUCGAGUUUACGCGCCAUCACCUCUAUCGUUGGCGAGCCGGUGCACGUAAAAAACGCAUCGCGUAAUUUGAACUUUUUUCAAUAAUACCGAACAAUAAUCGUACGAUUUUUCGCGUCGCAAUGUUAGUAAUUCAAGACGGAUUUUUUCGUGCGUAUACGUAAUUUUGAGGAGCUUGAAAAUUGCAAACUCGUAGUGAUGAUUCCGAUGUGAAUUGAAAUAACAGAUGAAAAUUAGAACAGGCACUUUCAAGGAUCUCGAGAAGAUGGCGAACAGAAGAUUCUUCAUCGAGAGAAAAAUUUAUUACAGUGGGCCACUAGUGUACAGUUUAUUAAUUUACUUUCGUUCAGAUAAGUCGAGAAAAACUCUUUGCGAAGACUUCAACGUCCUUUGCUCAUCGCCGGCUGAUAGUGAGGAAUAUCGACGUGUCGAUAAGACAAGACGAGUGCUGCGAUGGUGAAGCCAAUGGCAGGUUGCGCAGUAUACGCUCCUCCAGAACUUUAUCUACAAGAAGAAAAUGCUUUUCUUUCGAAGCAAAUUUUUAUUUCCGCUGAAAGCUGUGACGUACCGGUGAGAUAAAUUUCUUUAUACGAUAUUCUGAGAAAUAGAUAGAAUUACCAUUGUUAAAAAUGUAACAAUUUAAGUUUUAUUGUAAAUCUUUAAUUAUAUUACGAAGCAUGCAAUAUUGAAGUAUCUUCAAUAAAUUGUGUGUAAUACGUUAAUUUUCUUAAACCCUCUAUUGCUCUUGUAUGAAGCGAACACUCGGUUCACAUUUGACUUUUUCAAUUGCAUAAAUGUGGUAUAAAAAUUGACUCUGUAACUUAUUCAGCUUUUUAUUUACAACCUUCUAGAGUAUAUUUGUAUAGUUGUUUUCUUUCAAUUUCUUCAAUUUCUUUCAAUUUCGUUCAAUACAAUUUUUAUUAAGGCUUUGAAAGUGUUAAAGUGUGAUAUUUCUGAACGCAAUGUUCACGGUGAGAGCAUACGUACAAUCGACUUGCACUGUUAUCUUAUUGAUUUAUCACGAUAGAUCGACGAAUGUCGAUGAUUCUUUUGUGCUUAUAAAAUAUGCUGCCGCAACAUAAACUACUGUUUUAUUUUGUGUCUACUAUUUGUAUUUCUUUUACUAAAUUCUAUUUUUUUCUUAACGAUUUUCUCAAUAUAAUUUAAGAAAAUUGUGGCUCUAAUAUAAUGACACACAUAUAAUAUGCCUGGCAUGGUAUUCAUACAAGAACACUAAUGUUUAUUUUAUUGAACAAGAACAAUGUAGGGUUAAGAAAUGUGAAUUUUAAAAAUAUUUUUACUAUUUAAUAUUUGUUCAAUAUAAAAUAAAGUUUAUUGUGUUCUUUUAAUUUGUACACUUGGAAUAAUAUAAAUUGACAAUUAAUUUAUGAAGUAUUUUAUAUUUAAAUUUAUGAAAUACUUUCUUCUUUCGAGAAAAUAUUCACCAAAAGUUUUCACUGUAUACAUUAUCCUAGGUUUUACCGUAAGCGUUAUUUUAGAAAAGAAAAGGCAAGUAGGACAGUUCUGAGUAUCAGCAAAUAUCGCGACAGGAAGCUCGGCACGUUUUGCCAUUGUAGAGGAAAACUUUAUAGAAGAAGAUUCAUGCAGUAAAAUGUAAUACAGAAAAUAAUUAACAGCAAAUAACAAACCACCAUUUUCCACGAAUUAAAUUAUUCAAUUUGCUUCAAACGAUUAUUACAUCCUUUGUUUGCUCUUCAAUUUUCGAGACUAAAAUAAGCAAGAAAAUUCAAACAGUCUGUUUUAAUAGUCAUAGAAAUUUAUAUACAACGUUAAAGAUAGUAAAUAUAAUACCAAAAUUUUUAUAUUAUUCCUUCGCAGACCACCCUGAUUUUCAGACUGUUUAGUGUUAGACUUGGCUACCUAGGACACUGGUGAACAUUUAUGUUUUUCAAAGAGUUUUUCAAAGAGAAUUUUUUAAAAUCUUUAAAAAUUUAUGGUAUAUUCUUUGAACAUUUAAGAAUAUUAUUGUGCAAUAUUAUAUGAUCUAAAACAUUUUUUUUUGUAUAUCUGAAUUGAGGCAGAAUCGGCAAAAUGUACUGCAAUAAGAAAUUCAUGGUGUAUAAAAGUCAUUUAGCUUCAUAUAAACUUAGUAUUUACAACAAAUAAUUUAAUGGUGCCUACUUCAAAAUGUAUAACUGUUUGGUAGAAGAGAUUAUUUUUUGUAAAAAAAUUAGUAUUUUAUUUUAGAAAUAAUUAUUUAAAAGUUGUUUGAAGAAAAUAAUAUAUUUAUAACGCAUUAUUUACAUUCGUAAUGCAUAUUCUUUACAAAAAAGUGUAUGCUCUUUGUAAAUUGGAUUUUUUUGCAUAAAACAGCAAUAAAAAGUUUCUUUAUUGGCUUUCCAAUUGCAAAAGACACAGCAUUUCCUUUUGACUUAUCAAACGCGCGGGUACGUCUUCGUCUUGAAAUUGUAAGACUUCGUAAAUGACAGAUUUCAGUGUUUUAACAGGCUUAAACUGUCCACACAAGAUGUACAAGUGAGUUUGCAUUGAAUUAAAUCUUCGUCAGCAUCUUUCUCGUCAUCUCGCUCAUUUUUGACCUCUUUACUUUUAUUGUCAAAAAGCUCACCAUAAAAUAAAUCUUACUAUCGCUCGCGAAAAGAACGCAAUUUUCUCAGACCAUCUUUUCAUCUUGAAUGUAGGUCUGUUUUGAAUUUUUAUAUCUAUUAUAUAUGAUGAAAACUUUUAUUUACAUUAAAUAUUAAAAUAAAAGCUAAAAAUUAAAAAAA